AUGGCGGGGACUUGCACUUCGAUUAGGCCUCGGCUCAUUGGUUCUUCUUCGAUUGUUGAGCUUUCCAGGUUGAUUAAUCGAGCUGGUGUUCCUUUCUCUGUUCGGAUCUCUACUAGAACUCGUGGCCACGGUGGUGGUUUAACCGCACCUACCUCUCGUGAGGAAGGUCCUUCUUGUAUCUUCGUUGGUCCGAUUGAUUCAGCUCGCAAAGAAACGCUUGAAGCUCUUUAUCGCCAAGCUAAGGAUGCGUACUACAAUGGCAAGCCUUUGAUAGUUGAUGACAUGUUUGACCGAGUAGAGCUAAAGUUGCGGUGGUAUGGUUCGAAAUCUGUAGUCAAGUACCCUCGGUGCAGCCUCUUGCGGCAGUCAACAUAUGCUGAUGCAGAGUUGUAUUUGAUUGGUUUCUUGACAAUGAGUUCUCUUUCUUUGAUAAAAAAAGGUAUUCGCUUUAGAGAUGAUAAGCUUUAUGGAUGGGUUGCGAGAGAGGAAGAUUAUAAUCGAAGUGAUAUUGUUGGAAAGAAUGUUAAGAAGAAGAGAGAUCUGAAAAGUAUCUCGCAGCUUCAGGAAGAAGACGAGAGGAAAAUGGUUCACCUCGUUGAGAGCAUGUCUGAGUCCAUUAAGAUGAAGAAGAAAUGUAAGGAAGAGCUUGAGCAGAAAGUUGAUGAGACAACCCGUUGUUUGGAGAGUUUGGAAUUGCAUAACGUUCUUUUGAACAAAACCUACCAAGAAGGGAUUGAGAAGAUGCAAACGAGUAUGCAAGGUUUGUAUGAUCAGAUUCUGGGAGGACAUCAGAAGUCUAUGGCAGAGCUAGAGGCAAAGAGGGAGAUGCUGGAGGAGCGUGCAAAACAGAUCGAGCAACGUGCAUACAUAAACGAAGAAGAGAUGAGGAGAUCCAGACUCGAAACAGAACUGAAUCAAAAGGCUAUGUGGGAGCAGAAUGAAGCGAAUGAGGAAGCUAUGAAACUUGCAAAAAAGCACCAGAAAGAGAAGGAGAAGCUUCAUCAAAGGAUAAUGGAAAUGGAAGCAAAGCUAAAUGAAACGCAAGAGCUGGAGUUGGAGAUAGAGAAGCUGAAAGGUACGACCAAUGUAAUGAAGCAUAUGGUGGGGAGUGAUGGAGAUGGAGAUAUUGUGGAGAACAUUGCCAAAACUAAGAUUGAGCUUGAGGCUCGAGAAACAGCUCUCCAUGAGAAAAUGAUGGCUCUGACACAAAAAGAGCGUGCGACCAACGAUGAGUAUCAAGAAGCUCGUAAAGAGAUGAUACAGCUGUGGAAUGCGAAUGAAGAAUUGAUGAAGGGAGAGAAGAUAAGAGUGAAAAGAAUGGGGCAAUUAAACCCUGAACCGUUCUUACCUGCUGUGAUGAAGAAAUUUAAAGUUCCAAGAUCAAGAGCAGAGAUUAAGGCUAUGCAGUUGUGUUCAGUGUGGGAAGCAAACAUAGGAGAUGUGCAAUGGAGUCCAUUUAAAAUCGAAGAUUCUGAUGGAACAGCAAAGAGAGUGGUGGACAAAAACGAUGAGAAGCUUCGAAAGCUGAAGAGCAAGUACGGUGAAGAAGUUCAUAAUGAAGUGGUAAGAGCAAAACUAGAGAUUGAGGAACACAACGCCAGUGGCGGCUAUGUGAUUGUGGAGCUUUGGAACUAUGAGGAAAACCGAAAGGCAACGAUGGGGGAAGUAACAGACGUGAUUUUGAAGAUAAGGUCGAGUCUUGCUGCUAUGAAGAACAAGCGAAAGAGGCCUUGAGGUCUUAAUUCAAGUAACAACUGUGACCGAGCCUUAGGAAAUGACCUCUCUUUUUGUUUAAUCUAUCAGUUUGAAUUAGGUUUGCUAUUUUGCUACUACUAUAAAACUGUGCUUGGUUUUCAAACUUGUUGAACCGAAUUGGAUUUGUUUCUUCAAUGGUUUAAAUCCAGAAACA